AUGGCCGAGUCGUCAGGGCCGCGCUUCCUCUUGCGCGCGUGCGUGUUCCUAUUGCUCCUGAUCGCCAGUCUGCUCCAGCUCGUCUUCUUCGCACGAUUGCCGCAGAUACGAAUGCACGUGGCGUACUGUAAUGCCACUGUCGAGUCGCAUUUGCUGCUUGCGCCGCCGCCGACGAGCGCAGAGCUCACGCCGCCAAUGAAGUUGUUGUUCCAGUCGCUGUUUGUGUCCCCUGUAGCAAUAGAAGCACAGCAAAAAGCUGAAGAAAAACGAGUAGAACGAGAAAAAGAGCGAUGGAAUCAGUACGGGACGAACGGAGAGCUGGCGCAGACGAGACACGACCACGAAGGAACGUAUCAAGAUCUGGACAUUCCGUUCCAAGGGGAGGAGGCAGUGGGCGACACACAGGCAACGAGGCUGCGGCGAUUGGACAACCAGAUAGCGGCACGAGAGAAAGAGGAGCUGAUGAAGCUACAUCCGGGCUUUUUCAUGCAGACACAAGGACAGGGACACGAAGCUCUUGACUCGAAAGCUGCUUAUUGCAUUAAUGUGGUCACGCCGAGUGACUCGCCAGGAAUGUUGCUCGAUUUUGAGCUGUACUUGAAUGCUCUGCCAUCUGCUCGGCCAGUGUAUGCGUACAGCGGCAAUGGAGAAGAGAAGAACGAUACCUUGGGUAUCGAGAUGGACAAGCAGCUGGACAUGCCCACGUCUGUGAUUGAUAUUUACUUGGAACGACAUCCUGUGGAUAAGAAGUACUAUGCAAACCUUCGUGCACCUAAGGGCAAGACCAUCUGGAUGAUGCAAAACAUCGAGUUUUUUGAUCGCCAUGAGCUCGAGAAUCCUACAGUCGGCGUGAUGAUUGUCAAGAACCGAAUAGGGCUGAAGAAGAUACUUGAAUACAGGUAUCGACAUCAACUUUCGUACUCGGUGUUCUACACCAAGCACACAAGUCGCGAUGUGUACCAACCUGCCGUACAGCGCGAUUGGACAUCGUUCCUUCACCUCGCAGGCUCGAGUCCGUUCAAAAACACGCGAGUGAUCCUCGAGGCGUGGGCAUUGCAUCCCGAAUGGCCGCAAGUCAUCGUUCGUGUUAUCAAAGCUGAUCUAUGCGAGUGGAUUGAGGAUCGAUUUGGCGACAAAGACUCGUGGCAACUCCACAACGUGGACUACGCUUGCGGCUCGAUGCCUGCCGAAGAAAAAGGUCAGUUGCAAAACCGGAUUGGACUUCACUUGUGUCCGAGUGAGGCCGAGGGUUUUGGCCACUACAUAAACGAGGCCCGCAGUGUUGGCGCGCUUAUCUUGACAACCAAUGUGCCUCCGAUGAACGAGCUCGUGGACGAGGAGAGCGGCGUGCUCGUAGGAGAGCCACAUGCUUGGUGGUGGCAGACAAAAGGAGACUUGUUCGUGCCGCUAGCACGAGUGGGCGUAGCCGAUAUUGAGCGGGGCGUCGAGCAGAUUUUGCUGCUUUCCAUCGAGGAGCGCCAGCGUAUGGGGAAGCGCUCGCGUGCAAAGUUCCUUGAGGACCGUGUAUACUUCCUCAACGCUAUGACCGCAUUAGAAGAGAGUUUUUGCCAGGAUGAGAUUCAUAUCGAGAAACUACAGUCGUACCUGUACUAG